AUGGCAGAGGACGACCCAUGGCGGCAGUCCAUGGGUAUCCACUUUGAAGGACUGCAUGUGACGACCAUUGGCGUCGACGCGACGAACACGGUGGGAGCCUUUGGUACACUCAAUGGAGUGUUUCUUCUUGAUCUGGAAGACCUUACCUCGCCUACCACCGCCAUUUCUUUCCGCAAUCAGUAUGAUGUCCGCACGCUGCAUUGGAACAGAAUUCAGAGCUCGCUGCUGGCAUGUACCUCGAACGAUAAGGUCUAUGUUUGGGAUGUGGCUCAGCUGGAGGAAGCCGAUGGGGAUACCCGCGUGCAUACAGAGCUCUCAAAGCAUGUGCGAUCGGUCAACGAUAUCGAGUGGCAAGCUCAGUCGGCUCAUGUCCUCGCCUCGUGUGCCUCAGAUGCGUACAUCUACAUCUGGGACAUCCGCGAGCCGUCGACCGAGAAGCGUGCCUUCACCUCGUACCGGACCGACCGGGCGGGCGUGUCGCAGCUGGCGUGGAACAGACACGACGGGAACAUUCUCGCGUCGGCCCAUGCCGGCUUUGUGCGCAUCUGGGACAUGCGCAAUGAGUCGCUUCCUAUCUUCGGCAUUGACUGGUCGUACAACGUGAGCUCGGAGCUUGUCACCUGCGCGCUCGACAAGCUCGUCAAGUUCUGGGACGUCAACAAGCCGGAGAACUUUAUCGACUACAUUCAGAGCUCGUCGCCCAUUCGCCGCGCAAAGUACACUCCGUUUGGUGGAGGCCUUGUCACCGCCUCCUCCUCCACCCACACCGACCUCAAGCUCUGGUCGCGCGCCUCGCUCCGCUCGCCCUCGCACACCUUUGCUGCCACCUCUGUCCGCGGUCAGCCCACUGAUUUUGUGUGGCGCUUCUCGCCCUACGACUCGUCCACCUACCAGCUGCUCUCGUGGUCGUCCGACUCGCAGCUCCGGCUGUGGGCCAUUUCCGACGACGUGUUUGCCUCUGUCGGUCACACCCCGAGCCGCCGCCCCCUCUCGCCGGCUGUGCGGCUCAAUAAGCUGGCGGGUGUCGGUGCCGCAGGCGCGGCCGCUGCUGGCACGGGCGCGAGUGCGACCAAUGCCGCUGGCACAGGGACCAGCUCCAGCCCGGGCCUCGCGGUGCCUGUCGGCGGCAUGUCCCCGUCAGCUGCGCCGUCGCCGCGCGAUGUCGAGCUCGUGUCGCCCGGCUCGGAGGCAUCAUCGCCGCCGGCACUCGGCUCGCCGCCAUCGGUUGCGCUCCGGGUUCCAUCCAAGAUGGCUGGCGGGGGUAUGCGCUCGCCGGCGGCGUCGCCGAUUUUCCGCGUCGACUCCGAGUCGCAGCUGACCACGCUCGAGCAAGAAGUGGUCUACCUCAAGCAGCACCCGGUCGACGGAGCCUCGCUCGACAGGGCCAACUACGGUGCCGGCCUCGUCUUCCUCACCUUUACCUCGCAAACAAGCUCGAGCGAGAUCUCGCCGCCAAGCGCGCCGGCGACGCCCAUCGAGCUCCGGGGCCCGACGCUCGAGUUUGUGCAGCGGUCGUUCUUCUCGGCGUCUUCAUCGGCACGGUCGAGUGAGACGACGCCCGACGUCAAGAUCAGGCUCAAGGAGCUGGUCGGCUCGCUCAUCCAGAUGCGCGAGCGCGAGUCGAUGCCGUGUCUGCACGCCACCGUCACCGAGAUUGCCACCCAGUUUGACUUGCUCUCCAAGGCCAAGGCCAACCAUGCGCUGCACGACGGUGAGGGCGGGCUCGAGGCCGGCGGCCGGGGCCACACCGGCGGCAACGAGUCGAUCUCAGUCGUCGCCGCCGAGUUUGUCUGUCCGCGGCUCGGCGGAGCGUACUUUGGUCCGCGCGGCACCAUUGUGUUCUGGAACUGCUUCAACCCGUCGCUCUUCCGCCUCUCCAAUCCGGCGAACCAGCUUGGCGACGACGACGUCGAGCCCGAGUCGCCGACCUCGCCGACCUCUGGUCGGGCCCGGGCCCAGCAGCCCGGUCGCGACGGCAGCCGGUCGGCCGAGACGUGCUGGCCGGCGAUGUGGUCCGACCUCUCGCUCUCGCUCGAGCUCGAGCAGCAAGGCCGCGAGCUGCACGUCUCCGACACCGGCGGUGUGCUCGCCACCGACGUGCUCUCAUCGAUCCUCGAGUCGCGCCCGUCGCUCUCGGCCAAGGUCUCGCUCACCCGGGCCACCGGCCAGGCCAAGGUCCACCACAAGACCCGGGUGCGGCUGGCUUCUGCGGCGCGGUUCAUUCUCGCCUCGCCGACGCUUGCCGAGCAGUAUGCGGUCGACGCAUCGCGUGCCUCGCUCCCGGCACUGUGUCAGGCCAAUGCCGGCGUGGCGGCCCGAGCCAAGCGGCGGGACCUGGUCCGGGUGUGGAAGCUGGCGGCGCAGAUGCUGAGCGCGUACACGCCACGGGCGCUGGCCGGCGCGCUCUGCCGGCUGGGCAGCAGUGCGUCGGGCGUGCCGUGGGCAGUCCACCCGUUUGCGCGGGCCACGCUCGCGUCGCUCUUCGAUCACUACGCGGGGCUUGGUGAUGUGCAGACGCUCGCGGUCCUUUCUUGCGUGUUUGCCCAGGCCGAUGCGGCGGCAGUCGCUGCCCACGCCGCUGUCGCAGCCCAUCUCGGCGGCUCAGCCGCGCGCAUGCCCCGCGACGCUCUGCUCUUUGUCGAUGCUCCGCUCGAGGCCCGCGCCAAUGCGUACCGGCUCGGCUACUGCCGGCUGCUUCAUGCAUGGGGCCUACUCAACAAGCGUGCUGAGGUCGCCAAGUUUGUGACUCUGGCGGCCCAGGUUGCGCCGUUUAGCUCGAGCGUCAUGCUCGCCAACACCUGCCCGCAUGAUCCGGUCGUCGUCUCGGCCGCGCCACAGUGCUUUGCCUGUCCGCAGUCGCACUUUAUGCUCGAGUGCGGAGUGUGCCGCCGCGGCAUGCGCGGUCUCGCCUCGGCCUGCCUCAAGUGCGGUCAUGGCGGGCACGUCCGCUGCCUCGCCACCUGGUUCGACGGCUCCAUCCAGGUCUGUCCCACGGGAUGCGGGUGCAAGUGCAUCCCCGACCGCGCUGCUCGCCUCCAGCCGCAGACCGGCGUCGUAGUCAUGGAUUGA